UGUGUUUGCGUUGGCUUUGAAUGACAGGCGAAACACAUGUGAAGACAAAAUACAAGACAAUGUCAGCGAAACCCAUGUGUAGAUAUGGACAGCAAUGUUACCGCAAGAAUCCCCUUCACUUCCAAGAGUUUGACCAUCCAUCUGAUCCAAACGCCGCUUCAACGUUGGUCACCAGUGAUGGGAAAUCUCGUGUUAGCCCGCUAUCAACCGCUUCCUCUUCAGACAAUCGGUCGAUCACUUCGACAGUGAAUCCAAACAAACGACUCAAGAGUUCGGACGAAUCGGUGGCCAACAAAACGAUUGACACCAAUAUUUACGGCUUUUAUUUGACAAAAGUCACCGGAAUUGACAACAAAUACAAUGAGCUGAACGUAAAGGCGAUUAAUUUGAAGGAUAUCUUAAGCGAAACGAAUGGCAAACUCUUGGAAUCGCUUCAAAUGAAUUACAUGUUUGAAAUGGAUUGGCUUUUAGAGCAGUACCCGAAACAGUUCCGAUCGCUACCAAUGCUUGUGGUCUACGGAUCCAAACGGGACGGAACCGCCACCAGAGAGAUGCAAAGCCAGACCAAACCCUAUCCAAACAUACGGCUCUUCGGCGCCCAUUUGGUGGACAUGUUUGGCACACAUCACUCAAAGAUGAUGCUCUUGAGGUACGACAACGGCAUACGGGUUGUCAUCCAUACCGCGAAUCUCAUCGAAAGGGAUUGGUUUCAGAAGACUCAGGGGGUUUGGAUCAGUCCUCUCUUCCCACCGCUUCCCUCCACUCAUACAUCAGACGCAGACAUAUCUCAGACCAGAUUUAAGACCGAUUUAAUUGAAUACCUCAAGAGUUACACAUCGAUUGAAAUCAACGAAUGGAUUCAAACCAUUAGACGACACGAUUUAUCGGCGGCCAAAGUAUUUCUCGUGGGAUCCGUUCCGGGAAGACAUGUGGGCGCCGACAACAAGUGCCGAUUCGGUCACUUGAAGUUACGGCGAUUGUUGUCAGAGUUCGGGCCGUCGGCUAAGAAUGUGGACUCGAGUUGGCCCGCAAUCGGACAGUUCUCGAGCAUCGGUUCGUUGGGUCCGACUGCAGAUAAAUGGCUCACAAAUGAGUUUCUCAGCACUUUAUCCGCUGUUUGUGGCGUCAAAUCACUGGUCACUAAACCGCGACUGAAGUUAAUAUUUCCAUCCGUUGAAAACGUGAGGACCUGUUUGGAGGGCUAUAGCGGUGGCGGUUCUCUGCCCUACAGUUCUCAAACGCAUCGAAAACAAACUUAUUUGACAUCAUAUCUGCAUUCGUGGCGAAGCGAACGCACGGGUCGUUCAAUCGCGUGCCCACACAUCAAGACAUACACCCGACUGUCCGGCGAUAACAAACAAAUGGCAUACUUUGUGCUGACUUCGGCCAACCUAUCGAAGGCCGCGUGGGGUCAGCUCGAGAAGAAUGACACACAACUGGCCAUCAAGUCAUAUGAAAUUGGAGUCCUUUUUAUACCUAAACUUUUUACAAAUCAAGAGUUUUUUGAGAUUUCAAAGUCUGAAGACUCGGAUAAGUUGCCAAACAAUUGUUUUCCCAUUCCAUACGACACUCCAUUGACUCCCUAUUCUCUAAAUGAUAAAGUUUGGACGUGGGAUACGCCUCACACCGAUCUGCCCGACACUCACGGCAACGCUUGGAUACCACAGACA